AUGAACGUGCGGGUGUGCGAGGGUGUGCAUCUAUCAGCUACACAGUUUCUGGGGGCCGGCCCGGUGAGGCAGAAUGCGAAUGAGGCAUCUGCAGUAUCCAGUGAUGUCCGCAGCAAGAGGAGUCUUACCGUUCCCAUUCCUGUCCUCAAGCGUCUUCCUGACUUCUGGGGAUGGUACAAGUUCUUCAUGGAUACUGGUAACCAGGAAGGAAUAGAGCACCUGGACAAGAUGUACCUGACCUACCUGCAGAACAAGCACCGUUCCGAGGAGGGUCCCACCUUCACCCAUUACCUCACCCACCUCAGUGCUAUCUACAAGACUUGCGCCGACUCCGACGACCCAGAGUGCAUCGCCGAGUCCACCAGCAAGCCCAAGGCCAAGGUGGUGAUGCCCGUGCCUGUCAAGACCGCCACAGUCAAAGUAUGCAACCCUUAUAUCGACCCCUACUGCCCCUUCCCCAUGAUCCCUAAGAUUGCCGCCCCAGCCACAGUCAAGGCCGCCCCAGUGCCUGUCCUGACACCCCUCCCGCCGCACCCUCAGAAGACCCCCACAGGGUUCUACUACUAUGCCCCAGUCCUGGAGCCCUUCCUCACCGCCGAGCAGAAGAUGGAGCUGCUGCGCAUCUGCAACCCCGACGACACCGAGUGUCUGCAGUACCACUUGCGUGCCGCCUAUGGCUAUAGGCCCGCUCCUGGACCCGCACCGUCCUACGCCGCCCUGGGCUGCGAUCCCACCGAGGACCCCUAUUGCCGGCCAAAGCUGGUGAAAAAAGCCCCUUCCAGCUUCUACAACAUGUACCCCACCUGCGACCCGGCCACCGAUCCCCUGUGCAUGGCUAGCAUGGCGGCCCCAUCUCCCGCUGCCAAGGAAGCCCCCAAGGAGCAGCAAUGCAACCCCCUCUUCGACAAGGGCUGCAACCCCCUCACUGCCACCAAGUUGGCCGGCCUCACCAAGCCUGUCCUGGAGAACACACCCAAAGACAAGCCGGCGCCCGGCCCUCUGGCGUGUGACCCACGCUAUGACCCAUUCUGCCUGCUAGGUGCCGCCGCUGCCCUCCGUAAGGCUCCCCCCAUGCUGCCCCAGUACCGGAUCCACUCCCGCCUGGGCGUCCUUGGGAAGACCAAGGAGGGCCAUGACUGCUACGUGCACUACGAUAAGGGCUGCACGCCCUUGGAGGCCAGUGAUGAACCCAACGCCCCCGUCGCACCCCAAUGCCACCCCUAUGACUUUACCUGCAAUGGAAUGUCUGCCCCUUCUCCCCUCACCGCUGAGGCUGACAAGCACAAGAGUGGCGUGAUCCUGCCCGAUCCUGACUGUGACCCCGAGUACGACUACAGCUGCCGCCUGCGUCGUGCUGAGGAUGCCUCCGCAGCGGCCAAGGAUGAGCCAGUGCAGCAGGAUGCUGCCCCCGAGUAUGCCGUCCCACAGUUUGAAGACUUCCUCAGAAGCUACAUGGCCAUGGAUCAGUACAGGAAGAAGUAA